UUUGAAAGCAUAUCGUUUAUAUUUUGACCUGUAGCUUUGGACAAUAGAUUGUAUUAUAUUCUAUCCCUUGCUCUUUACCGUCUCCUAUGGAUGACUCCAGGCAAUCCCUACUUUCCCCUCCGUUAGCCGACGAUGACAGCCGCCACCAGGGGCAGAUACAUUCUAAACCAUCAAAUCGCUCCUCGUCGACCACCUUCACUAUCGGCACCGAAGACAUCCCGCCUAUCAAUGGCGUCCGUGACUUCUUCAGAGAAUACCUGAUUGAGUCCAAGAAACUCUGGUUUCUUGCUGGUCCCGCCAUCUUCACUUCCGUCUGCCGGUACUCACUCGGAGCCAUCACUCAAGUAUUUUCCGGCCAAGUUAGUACUCUGGCCCUCGCCGCCGUCUCUGUCGAGAACUCCGUCGUCGCUGGUUUCUCCUUCGGCAUCAUGCUAGGUAUGGGAAGCGCACUGGAAACUCUAUGCGGCCAAGCAUUUGGAGCAGGUCAGGUUGAUAUGCUAGGGGUGUACAUGCAAAGAUCAUGGAUCAUCCUCAACUCAACGGCUUUGCUCCUAAGCUUGUUGUACAUAUUCGCAGCUCCGGUUUUGAGGCUAAUAGGCCAAACGGAGAGCAUAUCAAAGGCCGCUGGAAUGUUCGCGAUAUGGAUGCUACCGCAACUGUUUGCUUACGCGUUUAACUUUCCGAUGGCGAAGUUCUUACAGGCGCAGAGCAAGAUGAUGGUGAUGGCGGUGGUAGCCGGUGUGGCAUUGGUUCUACACUUUUUAUUUAGUUGGCUCUUGAUUUUGAGGCUGGGAUACGGCCUAGUGGGUGCAGCCAUUGUUUUGAAUAUGUCUUGGAUUUUCAUAAUCGUGUCUCAUUUUUUGUACAUAAUUAGUGGCACUUGUGGUCGGGCUUGGAGCGGUUUCUCUUGGAAGGCAUUUCAGAACUUAUGGGGAUUUGUUAGAUUGUCUGUAGCUUCAGCAGUAAUGCUAUGUCUAGAGACUUGGUAUUUUAUGGCAUUGAUUCUGUUCGCGGGAUACCUGAAGGACGCUGAAGUUUCUGUGGAUGCAUUAUCUAUCUGUAUGAACAUACUGGGAUGGACAGUCAUGAUAUCCAUCGGGUUGAAUGCAGCUGUAAGUGUUAGGGUUUCAAAUGAACUGGGAGCUGGACAUCCAAGAACAGUUAAAUUUGCACUGGUGGCGGCGGUGACAUCUUCAUUUAUGAUCGGUGUCGUAAUCUCCUUUGUUCUCAUCAUCUUUAGGAAUCGUUAUCCUUACUUGUUCUCAAAUGACUCACGAGUUCAAGAUCUCGUUAUACAACUCACUCCACUAUUGGCUCUUUGCAUAGUCAUCAACAAUAUUCAACCUGUACUCUCAGGAAUGGCCAUUGGAGCUGGAUGGCAAGCUACCGUUGCUUACAUAAACAUUGCAUGUUAUUAUCUCUUUGGAGUUCCUUUGGGUCUUACAUUAGGUUUCGGGCUAAAAAUGGGUGUCAAGGGAAUUUGGUGUGGCAUGCUAUUAGGAACAGUAGUGCAAACUUGUGUGUUAUUUGGAAUGAUUUACAAAACCAAUUGGAACACAGAGGCUUCAAUUGCGGGGGAGAGGAUAAAGAAAUGGAGAGGUGACAUUGACGAGAAAGGGAAGAAAGUGUUAGAAAAUAAUGAGUGAAAAUGAACAAGUUAUAUAUAAUAUAUGCAUGUGGAGUUUGUUCCAAUUUCAACUGGAGUAAUUCAUUUGAUUCUGACAUAUUUUAGAUAA